AUGUCUGAAAUAUACCUUGUUACCGGUGCCAACAGUGGCUUGGGACUUGACUCUGUCCGUCGUCUAGCCAUGAUGCCCUCCACCAAGAAAAUCUACAUGGGGUGCCGCUCUGAAAACAAAGCCUCCGCUGCCAUUGACUCGAUUAAGGGCAUGGAAGGAGUGGAUGUGACCAAGCUUCAGUAUGUCCACUUUGAUGCAUCUGCUUCCAAGGAAGAAAUAUUUAAGAUUGUGGACUCUCUUGACAAUGACCCGAUAACUGGAGUCCUUCUCAAUGCUGGUGGCAUUGGUCAUGACAAGACCAAGAAACCGAUUGGACCCAACCAUGUCCUUGAUGUCCACCAAAUCAAU